AUGUGGGAAUCGCCCCAACAGGUCCUGGAUCUCCCAGGUCCCCAGAAGAUCCUCAAGGCCCUAGGAUCCCUUUGGCUCUCAUCGUCGGCCACCAACGACGGGAAAGCUCCGGAUACUUCGUCCACAUGUUCUGGCUCAGAAGUUAGUUGUCGAACUGAAUAUCAUGGCCAAGACACUUGCUGUUUCAACUAUCCCGGCGGUCAAAUGAUGCAGACCCAGUUCUGGGAUUAUGACCCCGCGCUGGGGCCUGAUGACUCAUGGACCAUACACGGUCUUUGGCCUGACCACUGUAAUGGGGGAUUCGAUCAAUUCUGUGAUCGUAAGCGACAAUACAGCAACAUCUCGCUUAUCUUAGUCGAUUCGGGCCGUGGGGACUUGCUCGAAUAUAUGAGUGAAUAUUGGAAGGACAAUCGUGGCGACGAUGCUAACCUGUGGCAACAUGAAUGGAACAAGCAUGGUACCUGUGUCAGCACUCUCGAGCCCCAUUGCUACGAAGAUUACAUCCCACAGCAAGAUGUGGUAGACUACUUUGACAGGACCGUGGAGGUUUUUAAGGGGGUUCCUUCAUACGCGCUCCUCGCCGAGGCAGGUAUCCUGCCAUCUCAUACAGAGACAUACAAGCGCGCCGAUAUCGAAGAAACUCUAUCAAAUGCUCACGGAGCUACCGUGGUUCCAAGAUGUCGAAACGGUGCUCUCAACGAGAUCUGGUAUUUCUUCAAUGUUGCGGGCAGCCUUCAGACAGGGAAAUUUAUUCCUGCACAGCCAGACGGGCAACAUUCAAACUGCCCUGCCACACAUAUCAAAUAUCCUCCCAAGAGAAGCCAACACGAACCAACCAAGACUACCACCCAUGGCUCAGAGCCAACUGCACCGGGAACUCCAUUUUCGGGCAAAGGCAAUCUUAUUGUUGCAACACUUAACCAGCAGCGAGGCUGUAUCAUCGGCUACGGGACUUGGUACGCUGCGGGGUCAUGUGCUGUUUUCCGAGUCACGAAGAUGUCAGACGACAUUUUCUCUCUCAGAUCUAGGAAGGGCUUCUGCGGCGUCGAAGAUGAUAAAUUGACUUGCGGGCCUCAUGUACAGACUCCGAGCGCAUUUACUGCCAAGGACGGUAAGCUCAGCUAUGAAGGCAAUACUACAUUCUAUGCCGACAAGGCCCCCAAGGGCCAAGUACAAAGCUCGGUUUAUGCGACGCGGGGAGAGCAUCUUCUUGAACUAGAAAUCUCUUGGAAGCCCCACCACUAG